CGGCGAACAAGUGAAAAGUUGAUUAGUCAAGUGAUUUCUGUGGUCAAAAUAUAAAAACCGACUGCGUUCCUUCAAUAUUCAACUUCGCUGACGGACACCGACCAAGUCUCGAACCUCUACAGGGCACAUAGUAGGCGUACCCGUGGAGAUAAAUUGUUUAUCUAAAGAACAACCAUGGAAGGUGACAUACUCUACAAAAGCCAGUUGGAUGAGAAUGGCUGCAAUAAAGCAGACGAAAUGUAUUUAAAUGUUGGUACACCGGAUAAUGAUGCCCUACGUAGGAGUGUAAAGAUGAUGGCAACAGCAACAAAGCAUAGAAUGAAGAUUGAGGAGUCUGAGGGAAAUCUUUUCCAGUAUGGACCAGUAAGAGGGGACUACCGUUUUCGAGAAAACCUGGCCAAGUUCUUGACAGAUCACUACCAAGAUACUGUGAUUAGAGAAGAUCUAUUUGUGACUGCUGGUGCAACAAUGGGGCUAGCCUACCUGACUACAAGACUUUUUCCAACUGGCUCCACCAUCUUUGUAGAGAAUCCUACAUACUACAUAGCCAUAUCAGUUUUACGUGACGAACUUGGCAUGAAUAUCGUUCCAGUGUUUUCAAAAAAUGGGGCCAUUGAUGUUGAGGCAUUCGAGCAUCAGCUGGAGUCAGCCGGACUUGAGAGCUACGUGCCAACACUAGCACGACCCUUCUCCAGCAUGCUAUACCUUGUGUCAACAUUCAACAAUCCCACCGGAAUUUCUUGUCCACCAGGUAACCACAAUCAUGGAUGUGUAGGGGUGAGUAUGUCACACAUGUGGAGAUGUUGAGGGAGAAAGUGAAGGAUUGAGACAGCGAGAGAGAGAGAGAGA